AACAACAUGGCUGCCAGUCAAAGUUCAUUCGAUACAAUUUCGCCCGGGAUGAUUAUAUAAAAUUAUGCACCGUUUCAUUGGAAUUCUGGUCAGAUCUGAGGUGUAAAGCGAUGGCUACUUGGAGCCCCACUCCUCCGCACACUAAGUACGGAGUUGCCAUAGACAACUAUGUGAGCAAGUUUCCAUGUGGGGUAGAUCUACAGAUUGGAGAGACUGUGCAGAUUUUAGAAGAAUGUGCAGGAUGGUACAGAGGCUUUUCUUUGAGGAACAAGGAGAAGAAGGGUGUUUUUCCAGCAUCCUAUGUCCACCUGAAAGAGGCCAAAGUGGAAAAUAUAGGGCAAUAUGAAACAGUCAGUCCUGUGGAGAACCCCACUGUGCUGGAGGUGACAUCAGUUCUCAGGGAAUGGGGACAAAUGUGGAAGAGACUUUAUGUGGAGCAUCAGAGCCAGCUGUUCCACACAGUCAAGAAGCUGAUGUUAGAGCUGAUCCAGAUGAGGAGGCAGCUUAUGUCGGGCACACUCACACAGGACCAAAUCAGGGAACUCAAGCUGAGAAUUACAUCAAAGAUUGACUGGGGGAACAGGAAACUUGGCCUGGACCUUGUACCAAGGAUAGAUGGGGAAGUUGUGGAUGUGGACAGAACCAGUGCAGUUCAGCUCUAUCAAGUGCAUCUUAGGAGCCAGCAAGAUACACAGAAUUCUUCAAGUCGGGGUACAGUCAGGAAGUCCAAGAAGAAGGUCCUGUCUCAUCAUUUAUACUUCAUCUUAAAGAACUUUGCCUGUAGUGUUGGGGAGGACACGGACAUCUUCUUCUCCCUGUAUGAUGCCAGUGAGAACAAGUUCAUCAGUGAGAGGUUUCAUGUGAAGCUGACCAAAAAUGGACUGCCAGUAAAUGUGGAAAAGCUGCAUGGUUUAUCAGCCUUCUUCAUUGACUUAGGGAACCAAGACCUUGCUAGAGAACUGUACAUGGUAGCACACAUCUUCAGAAUAGGCAAGAUGGUUUACUCUUCAGGAGAGUCCAAGAAACCUUCUCUACAGUACAGAAGACCUUAUGGAUGUGCAGUGUUGAGUAUACAGGAGGUGCUGGUGGCUCAGUCUGACCAAUCAGAAGGACAGGAAGAUAAGGAGUUUCUUAUGAAGGUGUACAGCUGUAGCAAUGAGAAUGAGAUGUGGCAGCUCCAUGAAAACAUCAUCAGGAAGCAGCUGGGCAAGGUCAACCUGCAGGGGUCAGGCUAUGACACGAUUGUUUCCUUCCCACUGCUGCUCCCUGCUGGACUCCAAGCAAACAACAGGUCCAGUAGGGAUCUGACAGGAAUGGUGGUGUCCAUGAGUCUGCUGCACGGAGACCUGGCUCAAGUUCGACAGGAGAACGCCUUCCUCUUCAACAAGGGCAUGACCUUGGUGCGAAAACUGGGCUUCUCUGAUGUCAUAAUGCCAGGUGAUAUAAGGAAUGACCUGUAUGUGACCCUGGAGAGGGCAGAGUUUGAGAAGGGAGGGAAGACGACAGGGAAGAACGUGGAAGUGACCAUGGUGGUAUUAGCGGAGGAUGGGGAGGUAUUACAGGAAUGUAUAAGUCUUGGUGAAGGAGAAACAUACACUUCAGAGUACCAGUCUUAUGUACUGUACCACAACAACAACCCCAGGUGGGGUGAAACCAUCAAGGUACAACCCUUCAGGACAAGCAACACGAACUCUAUGUCUACAAGUGUGAGGAGAAUGUGAAGUUCCACUCCCCUGCCAUGUACGUGGCUAACCUGCCCAGCUCAGGGGAGGACACCAUCGGCACCAUCGGGCAGUCAGAGGUGGGGGCAACCUUCCCCAGGAGUCCUAAGGAGACCUUCGUCAUCUCUACUGUCGUAUGCUCUACAAAACUUACACAGAAUGUUGAUCUGCUGGGUCUGCUGAAGUGGAAGGCUCACCCAGACAGAGUGCAGGACACUCUACAGAGGCUGACCAGAGUGGACGGGGAGGAUAUUGUGAAGUUUCUACAUGACAUCCUGGACACCCUGUUUGCCAUCAUGGAUGAGAACACAGAGGCUUAUGGGAAGCAGGUCUUCCAGGUCCUGGUGUGCAUCAUCGACAUGCUCCACAGUGAGAAGUUCCAGCACUUCAGGGAGGUGUUGGACACGUACAUCCAGAAACACUUUUCUGGGGCACUCGUGUACAAAGAACUGAUAGCUUGCUUCAAACGAACGUUGGACACUUGCGUGACGUCAGGCAUGGACAAGCAGGAACAUGCUCAGGAUAUGUUGAAGGCAAUAGAGUAUAUUUUCAAAUUCAUCAUCCAGUCCAGAGUAUUGUAUGGAAGAGCCACCUGCGGGCAGGAGGCAGAGUCCUUCAAGGAUGACUUCAUGACCAUGUUCACAUCCAUCAACAGGGUCUUGGCACAACCUGUAGAAGCACUACUACAAGUUCAGGUGACCUUGUUAAAGUACUUUCAUUCCAUAUACGAUGAGCUGCUGAGAUUAUUUGACCUCCGUGAGGUCGCCAACUUCAUCGCCAACGCUCUGGACAGCAUUCCGCUGGACCACAACCUGACUCUGCUGAACCAGACCAAGCUCAAGUGUAUAGAACACACCAUCAAGGCUGGCAUAUUCCGAGAAACAGCUUCCCGUGCCAUCCUGCUGGCGACAUGUCUGCGACACCUGUCCCACCACAUGAGGCAGAAACAGGAGCUGAAACUGGGCGUGGCUGCUGUAGGUGACAUCAUCAUCCUCAUCCAGGAGCUGUCUGACAACCAGUCCAUGUCCCAUGUGGUACAGGACAAUGUCCAGUUGCUGGUGGACAGUCUGUUGGAGCUGAUGUUCCAAGGUGUUAUGACCAUAGACAGGACAGGAGAAGUGGCUGGCCACUAUGUGUCGUGCCUGAUCGGCUUGUUGGGACUUAUGAACGAGGAACACUACAGAUGUCUGCUGGAAGGGCUCACAGACAGGAAGAAACUUAGGGACUUCCUGCUGAGAAUAUUCAUCGUGUUCCGUGAGCUGGUCAAGCAGGACCACUUUCCUCGGGACUGGGUCACCAUGAGAAUGCUCACCAACAAUGUGGUGCUGACUGCUCUGCAGUACUUCUCCCAGGCCCUGACUGAAACAUUCCUCUUCAUGUUUGACCAGCAGCUGUGGAGCAGCUAUUUUGGCCUUGCUGUAGCCUUCCUCACCCAGGCUAGUCUACAACUCGAGAGUUUCACUGAAGCCAAGAGAAACAAGAUCCUGGAAAAAUACUGUGACAUGAGGGUCCCUAUGGGGUUUGAGAUCCUCUCCAUGUGGCAGAGUUUAGGAGAGCACAAGUUGAACUUCCUUCCUGGCAUGGUGGGGUCCUUCCUGGAGAUCUCACUUGUCCCUGAGACAGAGCUGAGGAAGGCUCUCAUACCGGUGUUCCACGACAUGAUGGAGUGUGAACAGGCCACCAGAGGGAGCUUCAAGGAGGUUGAGUGUGAGAUGAUUGACAAGCUGGACAUCCUGAUCAGUCAGGACAAGGGAGAUGAUGAGUACAGGGAACUCUUCCACUCCAUCUUACUGGACCGUGUGCAGAUAGAGAGUGCAGACUGGCAGGAGACUGCAGGGUCAUUUGUCAACUCCAUGACUAGACUAUUGGAGAGGUUAUUAGAUUACAGACAUGUAAUGAAGGGCAGUGAGAACAGAGACAAGAGAAUGGGGUGCACCGUCAGCCUUCUGCACUUCUACCACAAUGACAUCCAGCGUGAGGAGAUGUACAUCCGCUACAUCUACAAGCUACACGACAUGCACAAGGAGGCAGAGAACUACACGGAGGCGGGCUUCACACUCCUGCUGCACGCACACAUGCUGAACUGGACAGGUCUCAUGCUGCCCGAGGACGAGUGGUAUCCACGGCAACAGGAACGGGAGAGGAAGGAGAAGAUCUACGUCACUGUCAUUGAGUAUUUUGACAAGGGGAAGAGCUGGGAGAAUGGCAUCCCCCUGUGUAAGGAGUUAGCAGUGCAGUAUGAGAAGAAGUCAUUUGAGUAUGCCAAACUCAGUCACAUAUUGCAAACCCAAGCCCACUUCUUUGAGAACAUCCUGACUGAACUGAGACCAGAACGACCCUUCUUCAGAGUGGGGUAUUAUGGGAAGAAGUUUCCCUUCUUUCUCAGGAAUAAGACGUUUGUGUACCAAGGCCAGCCGUAUGAGAAGAUUCAGGACUUCAGUCAGCGGCUGCAGACAGAGUUCCCUAACGCCUCCUUCAUGACUCACAACCUGCCACUGGACGAUGAAGUCAUCAACUCAGACGUGGAAUAUAUCCAGAUUUGUAAGGCAACCCCAGUACCUAAGGACUCGGACAUCCUCCAGGAUCAGACAGUGCCAGAGAAGAUUGCCUCCUACUACAGGGCUAACAACAUAGACACCUUCGUCUUUGACAGGCCUGUCCACAAGGGUGGUAAAGAUGAAAACCUUUUCAAGAACAUGUGGCUGGAAAGAACCAUCAUGGUCACCACAAGCACACUACCUGGCAUCCUGAAGUGGUUUGAGGUCAAGUCUGUUCAAGUGGUUGAGAUCAGCCCUAUAGAGACAGCCAUCCAGACCAUGGAUAACAUGAACAAGGAGCUGCGUUCCCUGAUCCAUCAGCACACCACCGACCAGACCAGGGGUGUACAGAUCCUCAGCAUGAGGUUAAACGGGGUCAUCGAUGCUGCUGUCAAUGGUGGGAUCUCUAAGUACCAGGAGGCCUUCUUUGAGGAUGAUUACAUCAACGCCCACCCUGAGGACCAACAGCUAGUCCAGAGACUGAAGGGUCUGGUCAUGGAGCAGGUGAGUGUACUUGAGAGUGGGCUGGCCAUCCAUGGGAAACUGGCUCCAGCAGAGGUGGUUCCUCUACACAGGAAGAUGGUGGAGAUGUUCACAGCCAUGAAGGCCAAUCUGGCUGGGCAGAACUCCCCCAGCCUCUGGCACACCCAGAAGAGAUUAUCAGUGGCCUCUGCACCUGGAGCCUUAGGUCAAAGGUCAUCAUCCAUCCCCUCCAUCCCUCCAAGCCCUGAGAAGAAACCUGCCUCGCCCCUGUCUAAAAGUCUGCAGUCUCCACUGUUCCCUGUGAAAACCACCACAUCUAAGACAUAUGCUAUCAGUGCACAGCCUCCAUCUUCUGUCCCGACCACCCCUGCGACUGCUGCGGCCCCCUCCCCCCUCCUACCGGAGAAGAGGAGGAACAGCACCCCCAACACUAACAACACACCAGCAGAACCACCAGUGAACCAGCCUGUCCCUACCCAUGUGAGUAGAGACAGUGUACUCAGACAUGGCAGUGACCCCAGCCUUGGCAACACCAGGACUCAGUCUCCAGACAGAACGGACAGCAUCCUUACACGAAGUAUGGACGUCAUUCCGUAUGGCACAACAAACAGGCACCCGGGCACUGGCAGACAGAACAGCCCGCGCAGUAGCUGGGCUGGGCCUAGUGUGGGCCCGCCCAUUCCCCCUCGUACGGGCCUCAAAGGAGGUUUCUCGCUGAACUCAACAGCCACAUCAUCAGCAUCUUCCAUCACCUCUAGUGUGUCCCAGGCUGGAGGAGAGGACUCUGUGCCCCCUGCUCUACCAGCCAGGGUCAAGAGGGCAUCUGCAGUGUCUCUCCAGUCCCUGGACAGUGGCCUGGCCCCCAGUCCUCCCCCCACCCCAAACCGUGCCGCCCCCACCCCGGCAUCCCUCCAGUCAUCAGACACGUCUUCCAUCUCCUCUACAUCUUCAACAGACACCAAUGGGUCCGUGGAAUCAGCCACCAUUCCUCCCAUUCCCCCCAAACCUUCCAGAGUACGCCCUCUCCCACCGCUACCUACCACAGUAGAACCUCAAGUCAGCAAGUCCUUCGGGAGGCACGGACCACAGCCAGCCUUCUUUGACUCCACACCGUUAAUUCCAGCGAAAAGUGGACAAACACCACGGAUUCCGGAGAGCCCCGAGGGCAGUCAGUCCGUGUACAUGUCGCCAUCAUCGGUAUACAUGUCCCCCACAUCAGUGUACAUGUCUCCAUCCUCCGUGAGUCUGUCCUCCCCCCCUCCACUGGUAGAGAAGAAGAGGAACCAACAGGCAACAGCACAGCAGACGUACAAGCCUCUUCCCAAGCCUGUUCCAACACCUCGGAAAAGUGUCUCCGAAAAUAGAUAAUGUAGAUACUAGAUAGUCUUUUCAUUCUUCUUUAGGUAAAUGGUUGUUUCGAGUUGUUUUGCUGAGCCACAAUUUCAUGUUGAGCCACAAUUUCUUGUUUAGUCUAAUUGUACUUUUGUGUUCACUUUGAGAAGUGAGAUUUCUGUUCAGCUUUCUUGCAAGCAGAUAGCUAUUUUAAGGUGCUAGAAGUUAUGUUAACUUGACGUUGUCUCAUUCCAUUAUGAGCCAUUAUUUGACAAUAUAUUACAAUAUAUGCUAUACAAUUUUCUGGUUGUGGAAAUAGUUAUGUACUGCCAAUAAAAAUUAUUGUUGAUUAUA